CUCUCACUCACUAGCUCCGUGUCUGUGUUUGCGUUGCUGGGAAUGAGAUUGUGAGCUGAGGAGAUGCUGGCAGCUGACUGUGGAACGAGAACCCAGAGAGGAACCAGCGAGGGAUUAUCUUUAGGUUUCAGGAUCGCUAUGGCCGGGAUCUUCUGCUCUCACUGAGUGAAGGAGACUUCUUGGUUUACCUCAGACCCAAAUAGUUUUUUGGUGAAUUUCAACCUCUUUUUUUUUUUGUGGGGGUGAGAAUAUCUAAACUACGCAAGACAAUUUUGUCCUCUCCUUGUUUACAAGUUAGUGAAAGGCGUUCCAGCUGUGUUGUUGCUCUCCUGAGGAGGCGUGAGGCUCGUGUUGCGCUGCGUCAGGUCGGCGGGGCGCUGAGGAGAGGUGACGAGAGGGAGUUUAGUCCCCGGUAGAUCCGUACGUCCCCCCUCCCCGGGGGCCAGAGGCUUGUGGCUGCGUCUCAGGGAGGAUGACGGAGAUCCUGGUGCCCGACGUGAACCUGAACUCGGUGUGCGAGCGCCUGGAGCACUGCUGCAUCGGCCAGCAGCAGACCCCUGCCAUCAAGAGACACACCAACACAGGGGCCAAGCUAUGGGGCCGCGUACGCAGCAAGCUCCUCAGACAAAAGUUGGACCCUCAGACAGUGCAGUCAAAGAACUGGCACAUGGACGUCAUAGAGAUGAAUGGGAUCAAAGUGGAGUUCUCCAUGAAGUUCACCAGCCGCGACUUGAGCCUGAAGAGAACUCCCUCCAAGAAGCAGAGCGGGGUGUUCGGAGUCAAAAUCAGCGUGGUGACAAAGCGCGAGCGCUCCAAGGUGCCUUACAUCGUCCGCCAGUGCAUUGAGGAGGUGGAGAAGAGGGGGAUCGACGAGGUGGGGAUCUACCGCAUCUCAGGGGUGGCCACAGACAUCCAGGCCCUCAAGGCUGCGUUCGACACCAAUACCAAAGACAUCCUGGUGAUGUUGAGUGACAUGGACAUCAACGCCAUCGCAGGGACUCUGAAGCUCUACUUCCGGGAGCUUCCGGAGCCCCUGCUCACAGACCGUCUGUACCCAGCCUUCAUGGAGGGAAUAGCUCUGUCUGACCCUGCAGCCAAAGAGAACUGUAUGAUGCACCUGCUGCGGUCUCUCCCUGACCCCAACCUCAUCACCUUCCUCAGCCUGCUGGAGCAUCUCAAGAGGGUGGCUGAGAAGGAGCCUGUCAACAAGAUGUCCCUCCACAACCUGGGCACGGUGUUCGGCCCCACCCUGCUCAGGCCCUCCGAGUCCGAGAUCUCCAAGGCACACAUCACCACCGCCUCCGACAUCUGGUCACAUGACGUCAUGGCACAGGUGCAGGUGCUGCUGUACUACCUGCAGCACCCUCCUAUCUCCUUCGCUGAGCUGAAGCGGAACACACUCUACUUUUCCACUGACGUGUAAAGCCGGGGGGGGGGGGGGGGGGCAGGAGACAGACGGACUCGACACACACCACCCCCGGACGCCCUCCAGCUCCUUUUAACUGUACAGACCCCCACCCUCCCCUCACGCCUCCUCCUCCCAGUUUAACAGGAAAACUGAGAGACACAUCAGGGGGGUGAUGGAUACACACAUCCCCCCCUCCCCUCCCCCGCCGGCUCUUACAGUCACGUCUUGUAUCCAGUUCUGGGUUUUGGGUGGAGAGCUCCACCCAGAUCCACCCUCCAUCCUUCUGGAGGAGGGAAGGUCCACACUCCAUCCCUCCAGGCAGUGAGCCCAGGCCUGCUCCGUUACUCGACCCUCUUCUCCUUUUCUGUUCAGAGGCAUUCCAGAAAUAUGGCAUUUACAUAUUUUAUAAAUAUCAUUUGUUUAGUAGGUCUGUUUGUUUUGAUUUUUUUUUGUUCUUCCCCUUUGGCUUUGUGCAUGUGACCGAGGAGGGCUAUGUGUGAGUAUGUCUAAGCAUCGCCAGAGCAUAUGUGUGUGUGUUGAUGAAGGUGAUGGAAGACAACAGGAAGCCAUCGCAUUUCUCUGUGUGCGCUUGAAAGCACAGCCCUCCCCCCUCUGUAAGUCUUGGCCAAAAUUUGCCCUAUUUAUUAUAAAUAUAUAUAUUACGUGUGCCUGUACAGUCCAGUACAACUAGAGAAUUGCUCCAAGGAGUCAGUCAUUUGAAGUUUUCAGGUAGUGAUGUUUUUUAGCCUCAUUUUCUCAUUCACGGCCAAGCUGUACUGAAACGAUAACAGGAACAAACUAAAAAAAGUAUGAAUUCUAACAGUUGAUUCUAUAGUGUUUGAGAUGAGGGUUGUGGAAAAAUUCAACUAAUGAUGGAACAUUUGCUUUUUUCUUGUCAUUCCAUUGCAAGCCUGUUCCGAGUGUCUUAUGACGCCAGUAUAUUCUAUGGGAUGAUUUGUGUAGUUGCCCUCAUUGCAUGUUGAACUUGUCAAUCAAGUCAGGCUGGGUAACACAAAGGUAGGUUGUCACUGCUGGUUUUCUGCUGGACCAUCAAUCUCCCAUUAGUGCUGUACAAAGCCAACCUUUCUGCUAUCAAGCCUGCUACAUAUCUUAAAUACGCACUGUUAGAUGAGUACAAUUUGAUAUUUUUAAUAUAAUAUGAAAAUCAAAUCAAAAAAUGUUGUAUUUUACUUCCUUUGAGAAGAACUUGAGUAUACUGUAUUAACAAGGGUAAAUGUACAUGUGAACUUUUUUCUUUUUAGUAAAAUAAAUAAAAGUGUACUGAAAUAUU